AUGAACAAACCCACCAUCCCAACCCCCUCUGAGUCCCACACAAGUCUGUCAGAGAUCAACGACGAUGCAGAAUGUAACUCUAAGUUCAUCUUGUUCAGCCACGAGUUUCCAAGUGGCAAUGUCAAAGACUUGAUACGGAGGCUCCAUAGAUAUGCCAAACUGCCUCGAUACUCUCAGCUUGCCCGCUUUCUGCAGGAGAGCGCUUCGGUGCUCAGGCAAGAGGUCCAGAAGCUUCCACGCCCACUGCGUGAUCAAGUCCCCCCCUUCAGCGAUAUCAUAACACUGGCGUCACAUUGGGACAGACUCAAGGAGAGUGCUUUGUGUGGGACGUGGGAGGGUGCUUUUCUUUGCAUCUAUGAGAUUGCUGUGCUGAUUGGACAUCAUGAAGCACAUGAUCUUCCUUACACGCUCGGGACAAAAGACGCCAUUGGUAGAACCUGUCUGGCCGGAAUCAGCGUCGGCCUCUUUUCAGCUGCAGCAGUAGCCGUCUCAAGUUCUCUGGUAGACCUCGUUUACUACGGAGUGGAAAGUGUUCGCAUUGCCUUCUCAUUCUGCGUCCACGUGGGCAAAGUCUCACAGCUACUUGAGCCUACCGAGCGCACAAAGGCAGCUUCGUCUGUUAGCUGGGCCUAUGUCGUGAUUGACGUUCCGGCUGAAGUCGUGCAGGCAGAGCUGGACCGCUUCAAUGGCCAACAUGAAGCGACAGAUGCCGAUUCAAAGGCGUCCCGCCUCGCCCAAGUCAGCAUCAGCCACGUUGACCAGGCUUCAGUAGGCGUCACUGGUCCGCCGGCUCGAGUUGAACAGCUCUUUCGCCGAUCGGAGGUGCUUGGCUCAUCUCGUCACUCUCCGCUGCCCAUCUCGGGAGGUCUUUGUCAUGUUCCCAACGUGUACGACGCUGACGAUAUCCGUUCAAUCCUUGAGACUGCCGAAGUAUGGGAAAGAUGGUCCUCUCGUCCUGUUCGGCUGCCGCUUCUGUCGCCAAACACAGGGGCCCCCUUUUUGGCGGCUGAUGCGUACCACCUGAUAGAGGCCAUCUGUACUGAAGCUCUAACGAAGCCUCUGUACUUCGACAAGAUCGCCGAGGGUGUUGUACUGCAGCUUUUACAUCAAGAGGACCUGCCACCGUUGUCGAUCCAGAUCCUGCACUAUCGCACGUCGCUCAUCUCAGACACAAUCAUCUCCGACGUGACAAAGAAGCUGUCAGCUGCUAGUCCGUCAAGACAGGACCUGGUCGACUGGGCAAUGGAAGACGAGGGUGCUUCUGAACAGCCUCAUGGGAACUCAAGCCUCCCACAGAACUCCAAGCUGGCUAUUGUUGGCAUGUCAUGCCGGAUGCCGGGGGGCGCCGACAGUCCCGAGCAAUUCUGGGAGCUGUUGAUGAAUGGUGUUGAUACUCUUACCAUUGUUCCAGCAGACAGGUUUGAUGUUGACGCGCAUUUCGACCCCAAUGGAGAGAUGGAGAACGCUUGUACUCGCUACAGUCUUGAUAUGAACCACAACUCUAACGAUGGUAUCUUCGUGAAGGCUGAGCAGACAGAUCCCAUGCAACGUCUAGCCCUUGUCACUGCAUACGAGGCGCUGGAAAUGGCCGGCUUCGUCCCAAAUCGAACGCCAUCCUCUCACGUAUCCCGUGUAGGCACUUACUACGGCCAAGCCAGCGAUGAUUACCGUGAAGUCAACGCGAGCCAGAAGAUUGGCACCUACGGCAUUCCUGGCACCGAGCGUGCUUUUGGAAAUGGCCGCAUCAAUUACUUUUUCAACUUCCACGGGCCAAGCAUCAACGUCGACACGGCGUGCUCGAGCGGCUUGGCUGCGGUACAUGCCGCUUGCUCUGCACUUUGGGCUGGUGAUGCUGAUACUGUCGUUGCCGGGGGACUUAAUGUUAUUACAAAUCCUGACAUCUACUGCAUGCUAAGCAAGGGACACUUCUUGUCCAAGACUGGCCAGUGCAAAGUGUGGGAUUCGGGCGCUGAUGGCUACUGCCGAGCAGAUGGAGUUGGCUCUGUGGUCAUCAAGCGACUGGACGAUGCCAUUGCCGAUAAUGACAACAUCUUGGCUACUAUCGUGUCGGGCUCGACGAAUCAGUCAGCGGAGAGCAUUUCGAUAACUCAGCCACAUGCUGGCGCUCAAAAGGACAACUACCGCCAGGUGAUGGACAAGGCCGGCAUCAACCCUCUGGAUGUUAGUUAUGUCGAAUUGCACGGCACUGGAACCCAGGUCGGAGAUGCUGUCGAGUCGGAAUCAGUCCUCGACUUCUUCGCCCCCCUAGGCACUCGUCAACGCUCCGAACAACGAUUACACCUCGGCGCAGUUAAAUCAAACAUCGGACACGGUGAAGCUGCAGCAGGAAUUGCUUCGUUUAUCAAGGUUCUCUUGAUGUAUAAACAUGGCAUGAUUCCGCGUCACAUCGGCAUCAAAUCAACAAUGAACCCCGUCGUGGCUCGGCACCUGGCUAAUCGAAAUGCGGGCAUCCUCUCCGAAAACCGCCCCUGGCUUCCAAAGCCCAACGGCAAAAAGCGCUACUCCAUCGUCAAUAGCUUUGGGGCUCAUGGUGGAAACACGACGUUGUUGCUGGAAGAUGCGCCGUUGCCGCUGACCCAGGGAGAAGUCGACGAUUCCUCCCUUCCAGGGGCGACAACUUCUCAGGUCAUUUGCAUCUCAGCCAAAAGCAAAGCUUCACUUCGGGGUAACAUCAGCGCUCUGAUCCGUCAUUUGGAUACUCAUCCAGAGACAAAACUCAGGGACCUGUCUUAUACGACGUGUGCGCGAAGAAUCCACCAUCACAUCCGCAUUGCCACCUCCGUUUCCACCACUGCCCAGCUUCGCAAGUUCCUUGAGGCCGCCUCUGAAAACGUCGAUACUCACGCAAAACAUGUUUCUGCAGCCAAGAGAAAAUCUGUUGUGUUUGCCUUCUCCGGUCAGGGGUGCUUCUAUCAAGGCGCCGCUGCACAACUGUUUCAACAGGCACCUUCGUUCCGUGAGCAGGUUCUCCAGCUCGAUCGAGUUGUUCGCCAACUAGGCUUUCCCUCCGUACUCGCUGCUAUCAUUGGCGAUGCAAUAAAUGCUACGACAUCGCAAAAUUGCUCCAGUGCAGCCAGCGAGAGUGGUGACGACGGAGCUGCCUCAACUGACGGAACCAGCUCAGUCUCGUCAACGGUGACCAUUGAGAGCCCGCUUGUCAUUCAACUCUCCAUGGUGGUCAUGCAGAUUGCCUUGGUACAGUACUGGGCACUUCUGGGCAUCCAGCCUGACCUCGUAAUCGGCCAUAGUCUUGGAGAGUACGCCGCUUUUGUUGCAGCUGGCGUACUGUCCGUGGCAGAUGCCCUAUAUCUGGUCGGCAGACGAGCUAAACUCAUGCUGGCUGCCUGCGAGCCCGGAAGCCAUGGCAUGCUGUCAGUUCGCGGUGCUUCAGUCGGCCGCAUCGCCGAGCUGUGCAAGGAGAGUGGCCAAGAAUAUCGCUAUGAGGUAUCGUGCAUCAACGGAGUCACGGACAUUGUGGUCAGCGGCUUGCGGGCCGAUAUCGUUGCUCUGCAAAAUAUGCUGCAGGGUGCGGGUCUGAAAUGCGUCUUGCUUGACAUCCCCUUUGCUUUUCACUCCGCUCAACUAGAGCCCAUCUUGGAAGAAUACGAAGACGCAGCUCGCCGUGUCACGUUCAAAGCCCCUGCGGUUCCGAUUGUCUCACCACUUCUCGGAAAGUGCAUCUCCCAGGGCGAGGUUAUAAACGAGACUUAUCUACGCCGUGCCACGCGGGAAUCUGUCGACUUUGUCACGGCACUUGAUGCCGCUCGGGCUGAUGGCUUGGUCGAUGAUAAUGCCGUUUGGAUCGAUAUUGGACCUCAUCCCGUGUGUACUUCCUUCGCACGCAACCACUACCCGAAAGGGACCACACAGGCCUUUGCAUCACUCAGACAAGGAGAUGAUACGCUGUCUAACUUGACGGGAACUCUAGCAGCACUACACUGCUUGGGUUUGCCAGUUGCUUGGAACGAGUACUUUGCUGCAUAUGAAAGGUCCCUUCGCCUCAUUCAUCUCGAACCGUAUCAAUGGAAUCAGAAGAACUACUGGAUCCAGUACGAGGGCUCAUGGACUCUGGAUAAGACACAUGCGGGCAAAGCCAAGAACGACAAGAAAGACUCAUCCUCUCCACCAUUCUUCACUUCGUCUGCACAGGCAAUCAUUUCACAGGAGUUCAGUGAGUCUGUCGGGCGGAUGACGGUGCUGUCCAAUCUGGCCCACCCCGACCUUGCAGGAGCAGCUACUGGACAUAAGAUUAAUGGAAGAAGCGUAGUUACUGGGAGCAUAUGGGCGGAUCUCACCCUCACUAUUGGCGAGUACUUGUACAAACAGAUGGUAAAGGAUGGCGACGAGCCAUAUAUGGACGUUCGAGAUAUGGAAGUCCUCGAAGGACAAGUCUUGUCCUUGGAACCAUCAGCGGAGCAAUUCAUCCAAGCUGAAGGAGUCUUGGACUUGUCGAAAAGACUGACUCACAUCACCUUGUACACAGCCACUGCCGACGGAACCCGCAAGACGGAGAAGCCAUUCGCCACGGCGACUGUUUGCUAUGAAGACGUGCAAACCUGGAAGUCUGAAUGGCAGAUGGCUUCGCAUCUAGUUGCCUCGCGCGCCGAUUCCUUGUGGAGAGCAGCAGGCGAAGAAGCGGCAAACGCUCGCAAAGUCAGCAGCCUCUCUCAAGGCGCUGUAUACCAACUCUUCGCAAACGUGGUUGACUACAGCUCGCGAUACCGCGGAAUGCAGCGUGUAGCUCUAGCCGAAGAGACGCAGGAGGCUACAGCAGACAUCACGCUGGAUGUCGACCGUCACGGAACCUGGCAUACGCCGCCUCACUGGAUCGACAGCACCUUUCAGCUCGCCGGCUUUGUCAUGAAUGCCUUUGGUGUUCAGGGCACGGGAGAAGCUGCCGCGUCUUCACGAGACUUCUUCUGGAUCACUCCUGGAUGGCGUCACUUCCGUCUGGCGGAGAAGCUUGAGCCGGGCGUUGCUUAUCGCAACUACGUCCGCAUGUUCCCAGUGAAGGGCGAGCCUGGUGCCUAUGCCGGCGAUAUAUAUCUGCUGCGGGGCGAAGCAGUUGUGGGAGUGUGUGCCGGCAUCAAGUUCAAGAGAGUUCCGCGCUCGUUGAUGCCCAUCAUGUUUCCCUCGGGCCAGACUGGCAAGAGUCGCACUCAAGCUCCUCUCCCGAGUCAUACCAGUCGCAGUAUUGCUCCCAAAGAGCCCGUCAAGCCAAAGCCGCCCAGCGCUAUUUGUGAUGUUCCUCAUGCAAGAGAGCAGCAGCCAGUCGUCGCCAGACAGGCACCAGAGCCUGUUGCAAGAGCGCCGCCAGCAACCCAGCAGAAGCCGAAAGAAGGCGGACCAAAUCCUCAUGUGGCCGCUUGUUUGCAACUCAUUGCCGAUGAGACGGGUCUAGAAUUGGAAGAUUUAUCUGGCGAUGCCGCAUUCGCAGAGUUGGGCGUGGACUCGUUGAUGUCGCUGGCUCUGUCUGGCAAAAUGCGUGCCGAGCUGGGUAUUGAGGUUCAGGCGUCCAUUUUUCUCGAAUGCGCGACUGUACAAGAGUUGACGGAGUGGCUGAGCAAAUAG